UCUACGUGGGGAAGGAAGGUUGGCUUGUUCGUGUUUGAACUAAACUCUGCCUAAAACAGGAUAAAUGUCCAACCUACUGAACCUACAACAACCCUACCGCGCCUCGCCAAGUCUUCCUACAACCUCCCCGCCCGCUAGCUGAAUGGCCUUGUACGGUCAGGGCGUGUAGAUCCGAUGGGAGGGAUAGCCGGGUAGUUCCCUGUAAUGCUUCGGUGGCUGCGGCAGUCUCUUAGGCAGGUGUCGAGUCUGAUGGCCCGGAGACCAGUGCUUGUCUGCGGGGCGAUACUGCUGAGCGUCCUGCUACUACUGGCUGUUACAUUUACCUGCAGCCGGGCUAAGAAUGUGGUUGCGUCGGCGCGUCCCCCGGUGAGAUUCUUCUCUGCCGAGGCCCCUGUAGUGGACCUGUACCUGGGUCAGCUGGAGCAGGUGGAGAGGCUGAGGGGCGCGGCAGAGGUGUCCGUCAUCUUCUUCUACGCUCCCUGGUGUGCUCACUCCAUCGCCGCUCGCCACGAGGUCCAGGAGGUCGCACGAAGGCUGGUCAAACAGGUGCAGUUUGUGGCAGUGAACUGUUGGUGGAGCCAGGGGAAAUGCAGGAAACAGAAGAGCCUCUACCAAUACCCUGUCAUCCACCUGUUCUACAAGAGGUUUGGCCCUAUAGAGUACAAGGGUCCGCUCCUGGCUUCCUAUGUAGAGAGGUUUAUCCUGAGAGUCAUCACCCCACUGACCUACCUACCAUCACGAGCCACACUACAAGACUUCCUGUCUUAUCAUGAGCCGGGGGUGGUGGGUUAUUUCCAGUUCAACUCUUCUCCUCAGCCUCCCGGCUACAUCACAUACCUCUCCUCAGCUCUGCAGGCCUUGAAGAGAGACUUCCGUGGUGCGGUGCGUUUCGGGGUGGUGACCAGUAGACAGGUGGCAGAGUCCAUCUCAGUCAGAGAUGACCAGACCGUCUACCUGCACCGACACUUCAACUCCUCAUUGAUUUUCCCUAGUUGGGAGCGUAACUUCACCUCUGAAGGCAUCUGUUCCUGGAUCUUUGAGCACCGCGAGACCGUCCUCCAAUGGCUGGCGCCGACUGGUGCUAAGUCCCGCCUUCUGGAGCAGGAACUGACCAAAGGCCCUGCCCUCCUGCUCUUCCUGCCCCACAAUCCCCUGGGGCCCGGCCCCGACCCGCUGCUGACGCAGAUUGCAGACGUCGCGGUUCGCUACCAUUCCUGUAGCGACUCCCCUCACCACCACCCCUCUGACCACUACUACUACAGUGGACCCUCCCAGCCCUUGUCCCCCCCUCUCUGCUGCCUCACAGUGGUUCUGCCCAGGCCACACCCCCUCCCAGGCUCCACCUCCAGGGUGUGUGAGCUUUGUCUCAACCAGUCCAAUCCGGGUCGCUCUCCCCUCUGCACCUUCCCCUCCCAGACAUCAGGUGGUGCUGCCGUGCUCCAGUCCUACAUCAGACGAUGCUGCCUACCUGUUGCUGCGACGGCGGUUGCCUGUAGUAACAUCCUGAGUAGCUACAGCCCGUCGUCAGGUCGCUAUAGUGCCUGUUGUAGAACUCUGGGACAGCUAGGGGUUUCCCUGCCCCCACAGCAGGGGCUAGGGCUAGACAACGAGGGGUUAGGGACACCCCCUCUCUCACCAUCCUCUUCCCAGGACUCCUCCCAGGACUCCUCCCAGGACUCCUCCCCCUCCUCCCAGGACUCCUCCCCCUCCUCCCAGGACUCCUCCCCCUCCUCCCAGGACUCCUCCCAGGACUCCUCCCCGUCCUCCCAGGACCAGGAAGCAGGCGGGAUUAAAGGGUUGAGGUGUCGGACAAAUAAGACGCUCAGGUUCUACAUCCUGGACUCCGCCCUCCACUGGCCUCUGGCGGUGCGUCUCGGGGCGCUAGGCAACAACGAGAUGGGUGGCGGUGGCCUGGGGGAGUUAGGAAGGUUGCUAGGCAACGGGACCGGUGAUGGCGCACAGUCGUUUGCGACCAUCGUGAACCUGAAGGAUGAGGUGCACUACGUUCUGGACCACAGAGGAACCGCUACUGUUACAGAGUCUCUGGAGUUGUUCAUCAGGAACUUUAGCGCCUCCCACAGCCCACUGCAGAGACGCCUGGUGGGGAGGAGAGAGGAGGAGGAGAGGCCCCAGAAGAGACCCCUCAUCUCAGAGCUGACCACCACCUCUUUCCUUACUGCUGUCAUGGAUCCUCACAGGGAUGUGGUGCUGUUCUACUACAGUCAGUGGUGUGGCUACUGCUCCGUUCUAAACCACGUCAUCAUCCAGCUGGCUAGAAUGUUCCGUGGAAACAGCACCGUCACCAUCGCCAGGGUGAACGUGGCGCGUAACGACCUGCCGUGGGAGUUCAUGGUGGAUCACUUCCCCUCUGUCCUCCUCUUCCCCAGACACAGGAAACACAUGUCCGUCAAGUUCCCGGAGGACACGCCCAUCACUCUCCCCACCCUAUUACGCUUCAUCCUGAAGCACUCCGACUCCGCCCACCAGCCAAUGAAAGCAGACGGAUCCGACCCUCACCCUCACGUUCUCCUCAAGGCGGAGUUCCGCGCUCUACAAGGAGAAGUCCAGACGUUACAUCUGGCACGCCAGCGCCUCUCCAACCAACUGGCCCAGCUGUGGCGAGACAACCGGCGGUUAUCCUUCAACGCCGUGGCCCUGGAGACCCACAAUGCACUGCUGCAGUCCCAGAAUGGCGAGCUGCAGCGCGAGAGGCUGAGCCUGGUGGAGCAGCACAAGGAGAAGAGUCGUCAGUUUGGGGAGGCGGUCAGGAGACUACAGGAACUAGCGGACGCGUCAGAGAACCUUCUCACUGAGAAUACACUGCUGAGGGUUUUACUGGGAGCUCUGAGAGCCAGGGAGCCAGAGACAGGGGAGGAGGAGGAGGGGGAGGAGGAGACAGGGGAGGAGGAGACAGGGGAGGAGGAGGAGGAGACAGGGGAGGAGAGGAGUUAUAUGGCCUCUUGACAGGGGAGGAGAAUACCCUGCUGAGGGUUUUACUGGGAGCCCUGAGAGACAGGGGAGGAGGAUGAGGAGGAGACAUGGAGGAGACAAGGAGGAGUAGGAGACAAGGAGGAGACAUGGAGGAGGAGGAGACAAGGAGGAGACAUGGAGGAGGAGGAGACAAGGAGGAGGAGACAGGGGAGGAGGAGGAGACAUGGAGGAGACAUGGAGGAGGAGUUAAUGGCCUCUUGAUGAAGGGGCAUGUCAUGCCAAGUAAUGCUGGUAGAAUGGAAACAGCUGAUGAAUCACAGCCUCUUGACACCCCCCCCCCCCACCUAGAAGAAAGAGGAGGUACUAGGGGGGGCCCUGACAGAUGGCGGGAGGAGGGAGACCAGAGGAAUCACAGCUUCAUAAUGCUCUCCUAGUGGAAGGAGGGAACAAGACAUGGACACAGCAGCUUUAUAACCAUGUGGCGUAGGAUGUCCUCUGGACAGAGGAGGAGACGGGGAAGACAGGAGAUGAUGCCACAGAGAAUGCAGAGGGACAAAAUAACUGUAAAAUGUCCUGUUGAUGACGUCUCUAAGCUUCGGACUUUAGAAUGUGUGUAACACUCUAGAAUCAUAAUGCCAACUCUAGAAUCCAUGAGGGGCUAGUGGUCCGGGAGAAGGUUCUACCCAGUGAGGUCAGAGAGGAGCGACCGGCCCCGUCACAGAGAGACCCAAAUACAGGUCAAAUGGGCGGUCGGUGACAUGGAACGACAAGAAAUGGAAUAAGCCCAAUGGGCCGAUGAACACUAGAAAUGUGCCUCAAAUGGCACCCUAUUCUCUAUGCAGUGUGAGUCUAGCUAAUAGGGGUUUCAUUUGGGACAUAUACCCUAGGUGAGUUUAGUAGUGAGAAGCGAUCUUCUGAAGCCUGGUUUUUGGUUGUGUUUUUUUUAUUUUUCCAAGGAGCACCAAGUGAUUUCUCCAUAGAGAAUGUGUAUUUUGUUUUUGUUUCUUUUUGUUAAAUUAAUCUAUUUUUACAAGAAUCGCUAAAAAUGUCUUUCUAUGUAACGUUAAUUCAGGUAUAGAGAAGAUGCAGCUGUUUUACAUGUGAAAUAUUGAACAGAUUUUUACUGAUUAAAAUGUUUUAAUUUAA